GCCUCGGUGCUCUUCACGACAGCUUGCGCUUUCGGACUGACUAUCUCCUCCUUACAGAGCGUUGGGAUCGUGGGGAUGAUGACGGUGAACUUCCCGGCCGAGCUGAGGCCCAUCUUCGACCUCUUGCAAGUCUUCGUCCUGGACAUCGACAGCUUGGCAUUCAGUUGCAUCGCUGGAAACUCUGCACCCGCCCGAUACACCUCUUCAGUUCUUUUCUUCCCCGCCAUGGUUCUGUGGCUCGUGGUGUGUUCGUUUGCGUCUCGCGGGCUGUCCGCCGAGCUUCGGUGGGAGAGAAGCAAGACCUGCAGCGUGAUCGGAGCCUUGCUUCAGGUGGGCUUCAGCACCAUGAGCUCGAUAUCCAUGGCGCCCCUAAUGUGCUUCAGUCACCCGAACGGCGUCCACAGCCUCCUCAAGUAUCCUAGCAUUACAUGUGGCACCGCUGACCACGCCAUCAUGCUGGCGAUGGGCCUCCUGCUCUUGAUUGUUGGGGUGUUGGGCUUUCUGGCCCUGUGCACCUAUGCGGUUCUCCUUUCACCAAGGUGGAGCGCCCAGGGGCAGCACACCAAGGUCAGGGCCUUCCGAUUCCUGCUCUUCCGCUUCCGACUGGACAGUUGGUGGUUCGGGGUGCCGUUGCUCAUCCGCGGCCCGCUGCUGUCACUUCCCAUCGCGCUGGCCACUGACUACCCGCCCAUUCAAGUUACGGCCAUGUCGAGCGUCUUCAUAGUCUUCCUGGCACUGGAGUGCCGUGCUUGGCCCUGGAAGGUUCCGCUCCUAAACGUCAUGGACGCAUUGCUCUGCCUGAUCAUGACGCUGCUUGUGGGCUCCACCUCGCUUCAUCUCGGACCCAUUGAGGGCGAAAUGAAGGACUUUGCCAGCAUCCUGGCCUCAGUUCUCAUGGGUUGCCUUGGCGUUGCUAUGGCUGCGCUCCUCUCAAUGACCGUGGCUGCUCUCGUCUACCGAGCUGCGCUGGGCGGGCAGCAAGAGCUCUUUUUCUUCAACUUGCGGAAGCAGCCCUCAUCGGAAGAGGUGUCAGAGCGGCUGAAAGCCUCGGCGGCCCGGAUACGGAGCAUGGAG